CGUGAAAAUAAUAUAGAAAGAUAUUUUACAGCUGGUGUCGCUACCCUGUGAAGCUGGCUAGACACAGCGCGGCCCCUCGCACCACAGCCCCUCCAGACACUCUCUCAGACUAGUCACCCGCACACACCAACUGGAAAAAUGGCAGAAGACACCCCAGUAGACAGCCCCAAGCGCAAGCGUGGACGUCCACCAAAGCCUGAGAGUGAGAAAGUGGCUGCAAAGCGUAAGUCAGCUGAAGCUGAUGGUGCAAGCACUCCCAAAAGGGGCAGAGGGCGCCCCAAGGGGAGCAAAAACAAAAGCAAGAAAGGGCCAGGAAAGGGCACGGGAAAGCGUGGACGUCCUGCAAAGAAUCCCCCAAAAGAAGAUGCAUCAGAGGAAUCUGCUGAAGAUGCAGAGUAAAUAUUUUGAAACAUCGUUGAAGAACCACCAUCACACCCCUGACAUUGGCUGCUGUCUAAAAUGGAUUUAAACCUUAUCCGCCAUAAGAUACAACAUCUGAGUUAGUAUUGAUAAUAGGAUACAAUAUCUGAGUUAAUGGACAAUCUGCAUGUUGACUUGCUGUAGGAAAAGGAAAAUCUUUUCUAUUACAGUAAUCUUAUAAGUGUUAGAGCAGCUCAUGUGUACCCUACUAGUGUGUGUGUGUGUGUGUGUGUGUGUGUGUAUAUGUGUGUGCUUCAGUAAUGCUAAAUGUCUUUGUACUUCCAAAUAGCUUAAAGGUACCUAUUUUUCUAUGUAUUUACAUCAGUAAAGGCUUCUUAAGUAGAAAUAGGUAAAGGGUUUGGCAGGGGUAUGAUGGUAAAGGUUAUAUCGAGGUGUUUAUCGUUUUCUAUGUGUUCAGUACAGUAGGUGUUGUAACUGUUGCUGUGUUUAAAAUUUAAUACCAGUCUCUCUUUUAAAGUACAAAAUGAGUAAUUUUUUUAUUGUAUUUGCUUGAGAGAGAGUUUUUUGGUUCAAGAAUUCCAGUGGGAAUCUAGAUCUGAAGAUAUGUCCCUAUAUCACUUCAUGCAUUCAUCCUUUUCUUUAUCACCAAAGAUCAGAAAGCUGAUCAAAGCUACAUAAGCCUUUGCAAAUCUUCAUUUAGGGACCAAUUGUUCCCAGUUCAUUGGAUUUUAAGAUUUUUACAGGGCAUUCAUUCUCUUCGCAUUUAAUUUUUCUUCAUAUCUGAAUAAAAAUAAAUUUUUAGUUGUA